AUGGUAGAUGGAAUUGUUGAAGAGCAAGAAAUAGAUGACAUAGAUAUAGUUGAGACGAGUAUUAGCUUAGAAAAAGAAGCAAAUGAAAGGAAACGACGGCUUAGAGAAAUGCGUGAUGGAUCAGAGUCUGGACUAUCAGAUAAAUCGUUAAAGCUUACAUUUCGAAGUUAUGAGCCACAAAGUAAUUUGGGUGAUAAACGUGAUGAUGUGGAUUUAUUUGCUGUCGAGAAGGAGAUUGCUGAUCAGUUAGCAGAUACCCAAGAUACUAGAGCUGUGGAACAAAUUGAUAUUACGACGUUGGCACCACGAAAGAUUGACUGGGAUCUGAAACGUGAUAUUGCGGAAAAAUUGGAAAAAUUAGAAAGACGAACAGAACGUGCGAUGGCCCAGUUAAUUCGUGAACGGCUGAAAGCUGGUAAGACCGAAUUAGUUGAUGCUGUUAAUUCGGGUGCUUACAGUGAAUUGCAACCUGAUGACUGA